GAGGCUGUCAACAAGUGAACUAUAUGGCUCCUUCUUUACAAUAAAACCUUGAGCAAUGAUUGACAGCGACAUCUGGAUUAUAUCCUAAAGUUUGCUCAAAUCAUUCAACAAUGGUGACAUUUCUACCUAAAGGUUGCAUCACCCUUGAGGAGCAUACCACGCUCCUGUCUCUCGGAGAUGAAAGCCCUUUUUACACGGAAAUAUGGAAAACCUUUCCAAAUGUCCGUCAAGCUCUCCUCGAUAAACACGACCGACGUCUUGUUGAUAUGGAUACCGGACACGUCUCUUUUCAGAUUCUAUCCCAGCUUCCUGGGAUUGGAAAUGAGAACCCUGACGGCUGCCGAGCUUCCAACGACGAGUUGGCGGGAAUCGUACAAAACAAUCCCACCCGUUUUGGGGGGUUUGCUGCGCUUGCCAUGGCCUACCCAGACGAAGCAGCUCAGGAGCUUGAGCGGGCGGUUACACAACUUGGACUAUUGGGAGCAAUGAUAGAUAAUCAUCUACCAGACAUGUCACAUUACGACUCAGAGAAAUACUGGGCUGUUUUCGAAACCGCUGAGCGGCUUGACGUUCCCAUCUACAUCCAUCCAGCCCCGGCAUCAAAGCAAGCAAUGGCAGAGAGAUUCCAAGGAAAUUACACCGAUAUCGUCGCGACGGGACUCUCAACUGGAGCCUGGGGGUGGCAUGAGAACCUCGGUCUGCACGUGGUCAAGCUGUAUGCUGCUGGGCUCUUUAAGCAGUUCCCAAACCUCAAGCUUAUCAUCGGUCACAUGGGUGAAAUGAUCCCGAUGAUGAUUGAUCGAAUUGACCGGUUGAAAUUCUUCAAGAAGGAGGGCCUAGGCAGUUUUAGUGAGGUUUGGGAGAAGAAUAUAUGGGUCACGACAAGUGGGAUUUUUAGCGUGAGAACCCUCGAGAUGUUGUUAAAAGUUACGCCGCUUGGCCAUAUUCUUUAUAGUGUUGAUACUCCCUUUGAGCGGAGCGAGACGGGUUGGGAGUUUAUUGAACGUAUCAAGAAGAGUGGUAUUCUGACUGACAGCGAACUUGAAGACUUUGUCUAUGGAAAUGCUAAAAAAUUAUUAAAGAUUGCUGAGAUUACUUGAGCUCGUUAUUCCCUAAUAAAUGAUUAUCUGAGAUUCUGGCCAUGAGUAUAUCCGCUGAAUAUCAAUACUCCAGACAUAGAAUACUCUCAACACCUUUUAACUUCACAAAUAUCGGUAAACACUUUUAGAAUACAAGCUUGAAAAUUGCUCAUCUAACCGAGUAGACACUUUUUCAUUGGUAGGUCGAUCCAAGUGUUCUUA